AUGGCUUCUCCUGCUGGUUUCUUAAGCUUCAUACGUGCCGUCCUUACUCUAGGACCCAAUGCCAUAAUCUUACUCAUGCUUCUCGAAGGCAUCAAAGAAUAUCGACCGGAUAUAAUCGAUAUAAAAAAUCGCGUAGUGCCCACCAGCAUUAAAUCUUUGCGUGAUCAUUAUGACUUUAUUAUUGUGGGUGGUGGUUCAGCGGGAUGUGUCUUAGCAGCUCGCCUCUCCGAGAUACCACAAUGGAAUAUUCUACUCUUGGAGGCGGGAGAUGAUGAGCCGCCCUUUGCUGAUGUCCCUCUCAUAUAUCCGGCAUUUCAACGCUCCCCCUGGGAUUGGAAAUAUUGGACGGAAAAAUCUUCACGCUAUUGUCUGGGAAUGGAGAAGCAACAAUGCUUUUGGCCUAGAGCCAAAGUAUUGGGCGGUUGCAGCACCAUCAAUGCCAUGAUGUAUGUAAGGGGCAAUCGUCGAGACUAUGAUCACUGGGCUGAAUUGGGCAACAUUGGCUGGAAUUAUGAUAAUGUGCUGCACUAUUUUCGCAAAUUGGAAGAUAUGCGUGUGCCGGGUUUUAGCAAUGAUUUAUAUCAUAGUCGUGGUGGUCCCAUCUCGGUGGAGAAUUAUCGCUAUCUGUCGCCUUUGACCAAUGUAUUUUUAGAGGCUGCCAACGAGAUGAAUAUGCUCAAUCCCCACAAGGACUUUAAUGGCCAUUCUCAAACCGGCUUUUGGGUUCCCCAUGGCAGUUUGCGCAAUGGUUUGCGCUGCAGUGCCAAUAAGGGCUAUAUUCGUCGCAGCUGGCAACGUCCCAAUUUGGAUAUAGUCCUUAAAGCCUUUGUCGAACAAAUCGUUAUAGAUCCCAGAACAAAUGAAGCCAAGGGUGUGGUAUUCGAGGUAUUUGGCCGCAAACAUCAUGCAAAGGCUUCAAGAGAAGUUAUUCUAUCGGCGGGGGCCAUUGCUAGUCCCCAAUUGUUAAUGGUUUCGGGUGUGGGACCUCGCAAGCAAUUGCUUGAUAAUAAAAUACCAGUGAUUAAACAUCUGCCAGGGGUGGGAGGCAAUAUGCAGGAUCAUAUUUCCACUACGGGGGCAACAUAUAUCAUUGAUACUGAUGACUUUGAUGAACCCUUGUCCAUUAUAGUUCCUGAGUUGGUCAAUACCACAGCUGUAGAGGCCUUUUUACAUGGCCAAAAUAAUGUCUUCUAUGCUGUGCCUGUUGCUGAGGUCAUGGGUUUCUGGAGUAGUAAAUAUCAAGAUCCUCAUGCAGAUUGGCCAGAUGUGCAGUUCUUUUUGGGCAGCAUAAGUUACAGUUCGGAUGGCGGUAUGAUAGGGCGCAGAGGCUCAGCUUUGUCGCUAACCACCUAUGCUGAAACAAUGGAACCUUUGCUAUACAAGGAUGAUUUUACUAUAACACCUUUGUUAAUGAGACCAAAAAGUCGAGGAUAUAUAGAAAUUAAAUCGGCUAAGGCAAAGAUACAUCCAAAGAUACAUGCCAACUAUUAUGAUCAUCCAUUGGAUAUGGCUGUAAUGGUGGAAGCUUUAAAAUUUGCCCAUCAUUUUACCCAGACCCCCAUUAUGCGAAGCCUGAAUGCAACUCUCAACAUUUAUGUGUGGCGUAAUUGCCCUGAUGUGGAAUAUCUCAGCGAUGCCUUUUGGGAGUGUCUGGCUCGCUACUAUUCCCAGACCAUUUACCAUCCGGUGGGUACUUGUAAAAUGGGUCCUAGCUCAGAUCGUGAUGCUGUGGUAGAUCCCCGCCUUAGGGUCUAUGGUCUGAGGCGCUUACGAGUCAUAGAUGCCAGUAUUAUGCCCACCAUAGUGACAGGCAAUACCAAUAUACCAACCAUAAUGAUAGCGGAGAAAGGUGCAGAUAUGAUCAAAGAAGACUGGCUCAAUCCAGAAUUUAGGUAG